AUGUGUGCAGCCGGCGCAAGACAAAAUACAUUAGAUCAAAUGUUAAAAGGUUUUGGAUCGAAAUCAGCUGAUGAACUGAAUCAUACUGCUCAACAAGUAAUGAAAGUUAUAUUAUCAGUC